AUGGGAAAUUCUAGUUCUUCUAGUAAUGAUCAAAGCAGCUGGAUAGCCGUUUCUGCUCAUGAUGGGACUAAUCCUGUUUUUGAGCCCUCACUUCGGUCAGUAGUUGAGAGACGAUCUGCUUUUCCUUCCAAGAAUGUCUUAAACAAUGGCCAAAUAUCCUCCUCUAUGCUUCCAGGACAAGCGGUAUCUGAUUCUUCGCAAAAUUUCGAACAUUUACGUUAUCAGUCGUACACUGCAAAUUACGUUUCUGAUAUCCUUCAACAUUCUAAGGGAACAAAAAGAAAUAAUGAUUUCCCAAGCGUUCCAGUGACCGUUGCUAGUGCAUUAACUGUUGGAAACAAUUCAUGCUUUCCAAAUACACAUCAGUCAACGAACUUUUCAGCAACUCAGCAGCCAGUUAACCUUCAGGAAAAUUCCCUUGCACACAUACGAAACAAUGCAGCUCAUUCUUCCUCUCAGAUACCCACAGAAGGACAGUUCGUGGCUCUACAUGAUUAUGUUAAACGUGUAGACGAUGAUCUGAAUAUGACAAAAGGUCAAAUAUUUAAUAUACUUGAUAAUUCGCAUAGUGAUUGGUGGUAUGCUGAAUGUGUGUCUACUGGGAAUCGAGGUUACGUACCCAAAAAUCAUUUAGCAGCUGUCACUAGUUUGGAGUCGAAUGAGUGGUAUUUUGGAGAGCUGAAACGUGUUGAAGCGGAACACUACCUUCAAUUACCGGGCAAUGAUCAUGGCUCCUUCUUGGUUCGGAUUAGUGAAUCCCAGUCAAGUGAAUACUCCUUAUCAGUACGAGAAGAGAAUACAGUUAAACAUUAUCGUAUCCGAUCGAGGUAUUCACGCACUGAUCCCACUUUGAAGCGUUUCUACAUUUCAAGACAAUUACCCUUUGUUAAUAUUCAGCAGUUGGUUAAUCACUAUCUAGAAAACCAAUCAGGUUUAUGUUGUCGGCUGGGAAAACCAUGUAUUCGGCCGACUCACCCAGAACCUGUGGGUCUGUCACAUAAACUUAUUGAUAAGUGGGAAAUCCCGAAAUCCUCUAUUAUUUUAAAAGAGAAAAUUGGACAAGGCCAAUUCGGUGAAGUCUUUAAAGCUGUAUGGAAUAAGACGACAAUCGUUGCUGUGAAAACUCUUAAACCCAGUUCCUGUGAUGCCGCUGAUUUCCUUCGUGAAGCCCAAACAAUGAAGCGACUCCAUCAUCCGAAUCUAAUCCAACUCUAUGCUGUUUGCACACAAUCGGAGCCAUUCUACAUUGUUACAGAAUACAUGUCCAAAGGUUCUUUAUUGAAUUACUUGCAAUCUCCCGAGGGUCGUGCAUUGGAUAUCCAAUGUUUAAUUGUGAUGGCUGCUAAAAUUGCUUCUGGUAUGGCUUACCUGGAGUCCAGACGUCACAUUCAUAGAGAUUUAGCUGCUAGAAAUGUUCUUGUCGGUGAUCAGCAUGUAGUGAAGAUAGCGGAUUUCGGAUUAGCUCGAAUGAUUCAUAAUAGAGAAUAUGUAGCACAUGCAGGAGCUAGAUUUCCUAUAAAAUGGACAUCACCGGAGGCAGCUAAUUAUUCGCGUUUUACAAUAAAAUCUGAUGUAUGGUCUUUCGGGAUUUUGCUGACUGAAAUAGUUACAUAUGGUCGUUCUCCGUAUCCAGGAAUGCACAAUGCAGAAGUGCUUAGACAAGUGGAUGCCGGUUACCGUAUGUCUAAGCCACCAGGUUGUCCACCUGAAUUGUAUGAUCUUAUGCUAGAAUGUUGGGCAGCUGAUGAAAAUAAACGGCCAUCAUUUGCAACAAUUCAUGCUCGUUUAGAACAGUUUUGUGAAGAUGAACAACCAGCCUACAGAAAUGCCAGUCAUCCUAAUAAUAAUAAUAAUAAUUCUAUGGUAGUUUUGCAGAAUAAACAGAAUGUUUCUUCCGGAGCCUAUCACAAUCAUAUUGAGAUUUCUGUUUCACCUUAA